GCCAGCAUGGGCAAUCUCUCCUUUGCAGUUUCGGAAGCAGGUUUGUGGUCCUGAAGGUCACAAUCUGAGCCGAGGAGUGUAAAGGUAACCACUUGUUUUUCGUUUCAAAGAUCUGCCCCAAAGAUAGGCUGUUGCUCUUCCUCUGGAAAGCCUGAUCGGUAGGAUUCCUUCACGGACUCAGCCCAAAGUGCUGCCUCCCAUCCCCUGACCAACUUCAAAACUAAAGCCUGCCUAGAACCUCUGGGCGAAAAGCGCUGGAUCCCAUCCUUUCACACAAAUGGCUAAUCCCGGAGGUGGUGCCGUCUGGAAUGGGGAUCUGCACAAUCACAGGAAAGAGAGCCGCAGCCUGCAAGGUGGAAACUGCCCGAAAAAUGGGAUCCUGAAAGAAGCCCAGCAAAAUGGGAAACCACAUUUUUAUGAUAAGCCAAUUGUUGAAUCCUUUGAGGAAGCACCUCUUCAUGUUAUGGUUUUCACUUACUUGGGAUAUGGACUUGGAACCCUAUUUGGCUAUUUCAGAGACUUUCUGAGGAACUCCGGAAUAGAAAAGUGCAAUGCAGCUGUAGAGCGAGAAGAACAAAAAGAUUUUGUGCCGCUUUAUCAAAACUUUGAGAAUUUUUACACGCGGAACCUGUACAUGAGAAUCAGAGACAACUGGAACCGGCCCAUCUGUAGUGCCCCGGCAGCUCUGUUCGAUGUGAUGGAGAGGGUAUCAGAUGACUACAACUGGACAUUUCGGUUUACUGGAAGAAUCAUUAAGGAUGUGAUCAACAUGGGCUCAUAUAAUUUCCUUGGCCUGGCCGCCAGUUAUGAUGAAUCUAUGAAGACAGUAAAGGAUGUUUUAGAGAAAUAUGGCUUAGGUGUGGCCAGCACCAGACAUGAAAUGGGAAGCUUGGAUAAACACAAAGAGUUGGAGAACCUUGUGGCUAAGUUCCUGAAUGUAGAAGCAGCUAUGGUCUUUGGGAUGGGAUUUGCAACUAACUCAAUGAAUAUUCCAGCACUAGUUGGAAAGGGAUGCCUCAUUUUAAGUGAUGAAUUAAACCAUGCAUCUCUUGUACUCGGGGCCCGACUCUCAGGUGCAACCAUAAGGAUAUUCAAACACAACAACAUGCAAAGCCUGGAGAAGCUCCUGAGAGAUGCUGUAAUCUAUGGCCAGCCUCGAAUCCGCAGAGCUUGGAAGAAGAUUCUCAUCCUGGUUGAGGGCAUCUACAGCAUGGAAGGUUCCAUCGUGAAUCUGCCCCAGAUCGUGGCUCUGAAGAAGAAAUACAAGGCUUACCUCUACAUAGAUGAAGCUCACAGUGUUGGGUCCGUGGGCCCAACUGGCCGGGGUGUUGUAGAAUUUUUUGGACUGGACCCUCGAGAUGUUGAUGUGUUUAUGGGCACAUUCACCAAAAGCUUUGGAGCCUCAGGAGGCUACAUAGCUGGAAGGAAGGACCUUGUGGAUUAUUUACGAGUUCACUCACAUAGUGCUGCUUAUGCUACAUCCAUGAGCCCACCGAUAGCAGAGCAAAUCAUCAGAUCAAUGAAACUUAUCAUGGGACUGGAUGGGACCACACAAGGAUUGCAGAGAGUACGGCAACUUGCAAAAAACACAAGAUACUUCAGACAGAGACUGAACGAAAUGGGAUUCAUUAUCUAUGGCAAUGAGGAAUCUCCCGUUGUUCCCCUGCUCCUUUACAUGCCUGCUAAAGUAGCGGCUUUUGCAAGGCAUCUAUUAAACAGAAAAAUCGGGGUGGUGGUCGUUGGAUUUCCAGCUACUCCCCUCGCAGAAGCUCGGGCUCGGUUUUGUGUUUCAGCAGCACAUACCCGGGAGAUGCUUGACACGGUUUUGGAAAACCUGGAUGAAAUGGGUGAUCUCUUGCAACUGAAGUAUUCCCGGCACAAGAAAUCAGCACGCCCUGAACUUUAUGACGAGACAAGCUUUGAACUGGACGAUUAAGUUUCCCGGUUCUGAAUUGCACCUUAAGACUUUGCCAGAAAGACUUCCCUCCCUGCCUCAAAAGGAACAUAAAUGGAUUUCUCCCCCUUUCUAAGGAUAAUUUUGGUUUCUGAACCAGUUUAAUUGAACUGAAGGAAAUGUUGUGUUUUUAAUGUCUCCAGCUUGGGACCUGCAGAGACAAAAAUAUGGUUCCAGAUUUUAACUUUUCUCCUCCUCCAAGUACCCUGCUACAAAUACAUGCACACACAUGCAUGCACUCUCCUGCACAUGCACACACACACUCACACACACACUUCCUAGAACACUUUUAAUGGCAAUGAGCCUGUGUUUUAUCUGCUACCAUGCAGCCUUGUUGGUCCAGACUCUUUCAGGCAUUCCAACUAAAUGAGGGGGUUUUUAUUCUUAAUUCCGUAGAUUCUCACUCUGUGUGUACUUAUUUCAUCUGCAGACGUGAGCAGAGGUGGUGGGCAGUAGCUGACCUCCUUGUUUCACCCAUGAAUGCCCCAGCUAGAACUCAUCUGUAUCAUGGGGAGCUCCAGGCAGGAGGGUAAAGAAACAUUGCUUCUACCAUUUGCCACAUUUGGAUUUUUUCCAAGGACAAGUGUCAAAAGCCAUAGUUAAUGUUUGGAGGGAGAGAGCAGAACUGGCCAGCCGUGACUAAAGACGUCUUUGAAGGAAACUUUCUUUUUCCUCUUGCUGGUCUCCUAUAGUUUUACAGCUGAGCUUUUGAGGUUUGGAAUAUUCAAGACUUGUUUCAUAAGGAAGGGGGCAGAAAGCAAAUACAAGCCAAUUUUAGGCCUAGACUAAAACUGUAAUGUUAUAGCAACUAGAAGGUUGUCCGUGCCGUGUGGAGUGAAUGUUUAGCUUGUGAAUAUAGACUUUAUUACUUUAAAGAAUGAGUUGUCUUUUUCAUAUUAAAUUUUGAGUAAAUGGUGAGAUUCAAUUUCCUUUA